CUCUUUUGCUUUUUCUCCAAAUCUCUGUUUCUCUCUCAUUACAAUAAUGGAUUUUACAAUAAAGAAUGGUUGAAGAGUUUCCAUCCGCCCCCUUCUCUCCAUUUCCCUCCUCCGCCAUUUUCCCCACUCUCUGCUUCUUCUUCUUCCAUCCGGGAGCUCGUUGGAGAAUCGCCUCUUUUGCCUCCAGUAGCCUUGGCCUGGGUGCUCCCCUCUUUCGUUUAUCAAAGGACAACAGUUCGACGGAAUUUAAAUGGAGCAGUAUGAAAUUCUAGAGCAGAUUGGCAAGGGUUCUUUCGGCUCUGCUCUUCUUGUAAGACAUAAACUUGAAAAGAAAAGGUAUGUCCUCAAGAAGAUUCGUCUUGCUCGCCAGACUGAUAGAACAAGAAGGUCAGCUCAUCAGGAGAUGGAGCUUAUAUCUAAAGCACGCAACCCCUUUAUUGUGGAGUAUAAAGAUUCUUGGGUAGAAAAGGGCUGUUUCGUGUGUAUUGUGAUAGGAUAUUGUGAAGGAGGAGACAUGGCUGAGGCUAUAAAAAGAGUCAAUGGUGUUCAUUUUCCUGAAGAGAAACUUUGUCGGUGGCUUGUUCAACUUCUUAUGGCUCUUGAUUACCUUCAUUGCAACCAUAUUCUUCACCGUGAUGUCAAGUGUUCAAAUAUAUUCUUGACAAAAGAUCAAGACAUACGCCUAGGUGAUUUUGGCCUUGCUAAAAUGUUGACUUCGGAUGACCUUGCUUCCUCUGUUGUGGGUACUCCAAGUUACAUGUGCCCUGAGCUUCUUGCCGACAUACCUUAUGGUUCAAAGUCAGAUAUAUGGUCUCUUGGAUGUUGCAUACAUGAAAUGGCUGCUCACAAACCAGCGUUUAAAGCCUUCGAUAUGCAAUCCUUGAUCAAUAAAAUUAACAAAUCCAUCGUGGCUCCACUUCCAACCAUGUAUUCGGGUGCAUUUCGAGGGCUUGUCAAAAGCAUGCUGAGGAAAAAUCCGGAGCUCCGACCAAGUGCCGCUGAAUUACUAAAUCAUCCACAUCUCCAGCCCUACGUUCUUAAGGUUCACCUUAAGUUGAAUAGCCCUAGGCGAAGUACUUUUCCUCUUCAACGGUCUGAUACAAACUACAUCAAGAAAACAAGAUUUGUAGAGCCAGGAUCUGGUAGCUUAAAAACUUUCAGAGAGAAGAGACUGUCUUUUAGCAAUGACAGGGCAUUAAAUCCCAGCGUCUCCACUAUGGACGAAGAAUCACAAUGUUCCUCUCGAAGAUCACAGCAGUUGCCCAGUUAUUUGAAUAAAAAGUUCGAGGAAUUAUCUGCUGGUAGUUUUGCUGACAAAGAAAGUGAUGUUGACCAAUCAAGAACCUCAAAGUUUCCAACUUCGAAAACCCCAAGGUUGACUAAUGCUAAGCCUUCUGCUACACCCAAAAAGCAGACAAUCUCAUCAAAGUUUUCACCUGCAAACUUCAAUCCUAUUCCAGCAUCCCAUACUCCAGCUAGAAGAUCUUCACAUUCAACUCGCAGGGCAUCUCUUCCACUGUCAACAAAAGCUGCAGGCUUUGGCACCCCUUAUAGGUCGAACACUGGGCUGCUUCACGGCAUGAACUCCCAAGAUAUCUCUGUCAAUGCCCCUAGAAUCGAUAAGAUUGCAGAAUUCCCCUUGGUUUCUUCCGAGGAUCCUCUCCUGUACAUCCGUGGAACAUCAUCUACAUCAGCACAGUGCUCUGCCAACUCACAAGAUUUCACCAACUGCUCGAUUACAAAGGACAAGUGCACUGUCCAGGUGGUGGACAAAACCACCACAACGCCAUCCAGCUAUAGAGUUCCUGGGAAUGGAAGUGAUUACUUCGACCACAAUCCAGCAGUCGCCUCUUCAAGCCGGUUAUCCUUCGAGUCACGACAACGACGGUUCGACACCUCGUCGUACCAGCAACGAGCAGAGGCACUGGAAGGGCUCCUCGAGUUCAGUGCUAAAUUACUCCAACAAGAGAGGUUUGAAGAGCUUGGGGUGUUGCUGAAACCCUUUGGACCUGAGAAAGUUUCUCCCAGGGAAACUGCCAUAUGGUUGGCCAAGAGCUUUAAGGAGGCAACAGUAUAAGUAAGUUGAAU